GUAAGGGACGAACGCAGCCUGUUUAAUCACGAAAAGUCUUGAAACCCAAGACUCUUUACUCGCCCCUAAUUGAUAAAAUCCAGCGGCUAUAAAUUAACCUAACAACCCACACCAUUUCUGAGUUCUGAACAUUACUACUCUCACAUCUCUUCUCAAAAAGUACAAACCUCUUUUAUUCUUUCUUAAACACUCAGAUCCACAUGGCUACCAUCAAAUCCAUCAAGGCUCGUCAGAUCUUUGAUAGCAGAGGCAAUCCGACGGUCGAGGUUGAUAUUGGCUUAUCAAAUGGAAACUGGUGCAGAGCUGCUGUCCCUAGUGGUGCAUCAACCGGAGUUUAUGAAGCUCUUGAACUUAGAGACGGAGGAUCAGACUACCUUGGAAAAGGCGUUUCUAAGGCUGUUGGAAAUGUGAACUCGGUUAUUGCCCCUGCUUUGAUUGGCAAGGACCCAACUGACCAGACCGGAAUUGAUAACUUUAUGGUUCAACAGCUUGAUGGAACUGUUAAUGAGUGGGGAUGGUGCAAGCAGAAGCUAGGAGCAAACGCUAUACUGGCAGUGUCUCUUGCUGUUUGCAAAGCCGGGGCCAGUGUAUUAAAUAUUCCCCUUUACAAGCAUAUUGCUAAUCUUGCUGGUAACAAGAAGUUGGUGUUGCCAGUUCCUGCUUUUAAUGUCAUCAAUGGUGGAUCACAUGCAGGAAACAAACUUGCUAUGCAGGAGUUUAUGAUUCUUCCGGUAGGUGCCUCGUCAUUCUCAGAGGCAAUGAAGAUGGGAGUUGAAGUAUACCACAACUUGAAGUCUGUCAUCAAGAAGAAAUAUGGACAAGAUGCAACUAAUGUUGGUGAUGAAGGUGGCUUUGCUCCUAAUAUUCAGCAAAACAAGGAGGGUCUGGAGCUACUCAAGACUGCCAUUGAGAAAGCUGGUUACACUGGAAAAGUUGUUAUUGGAAUGGAUGUUGCUGCAUCGGAGUUCUAUGGAAAAGACAAGACUUAUGAUUUGAACUUUAAGGAAGAGAACAAUGAUGGCUCAGAAAAGAUAUCAGGAGACAAACUUAAAGAUCUUUAUAAGUCGUUUGUGUCCGAGUAUCCUAUUGUGUCGAUCGAGGAUCCAUUUGAUCAGGAUGACUGGGAGCACUAUGGUAAAAUGACAUCUGAAUGUGGAAAAGAAGUGCAAAUUGUGGGAGAUGACCUUUUGGUUACAAAUCCCAAGAGAGUUGAGAAGGCAAUUCAGGAAAAAACUUGCAAUGCUCUUCUUCUCAAGGUUAACCAAAUCGGUUCAGUUACCGAGAGUAUUGAAGCUGUGAAAAUGUCCAAGCGGGCUGGAUGGGGAGUAAUGACCAGUCACCGCAGUGGAGAGACUGAAGACACUUUCAUUGCUGAUUUGGCCGUGGGUUUGUCAACUGGACAAAUCAAAACUGGAGCCCCCUGUAGGUCAGAGCGUCUUGCAAAAUACAAUCAGAUUUUGCGAAUUGAAGAGGAACUAGGGUCAGAAGCAGUUUAUGCAGGAGCCAACUUCCGUAUGCCCGUCGAGCCCUACUAGACUCUGAGCUGAGGCUAAGAAAGUGAAGAAGAUUACUUGUGAUGCACUUGGAUUGUGGUUUAACUUGUGCUGAAUAAUAUUCUGAGUGUAAAAUGGGUCAAUCUUGAUUAGUAUCCUGAAGGCUUUUAUUAAAUAAUUGAGACCUAGGUUUUUGUUUCUGGGAUCUAAACAUUGAACUGAAAUCUUCUAAUGGCAGAGUAUUUUCCUCCA